AACUCUGAUUUCUCUCCACAGAUGCUGUCAGACCUGCUGAGCUUCUCCAGCAAUUUCUAAUUUUGUCUGUUAUUGAGUAAACUCAGUUAGAGUAUACCUGAGUGCAUCAUGUAUAAUUGAGGAUCAGAGACCCCCUCCUCCUAAUGUCAUUCUGUGUGGAACCUUCUAGAAACAUGUCUGAUAACAAGGAACGAACCUUCAUUGCUGUGAAGCCAGAUGGAGUCCAGAGGAGCAUUGUGGGUGAAGUCAUCAAACGCUUUGAACAGAAAGGAUUUAAACUGGUUGCCAUGAAAUUUCUUCAGGCUCCUAAGGAUCUGCUUGAAAAGCAUUACUGCGAGCUUUCAGACAAACCUUUCUACCCCAAGUUGAUCAAGUACAUGAGUUCAGGACCUGUCGUUGCCAUGGUGUGGGAGGGCCUGAACAUGGUGAAAACUGGUAGAGUGAUGCUGGGUGAGACCAAUCCAGCAGAUUCCAAGCCUGGCACCAUUCGUGGUGAUUUCUGUAUUCAGGUUGGCAGGAACAUCAUCCAUGGCAGUGACUCUGUAGAAAGUGCAAAGAAGGAGAUUAGCCUUUGGUUCAAACCUGAGGAGCUGGUGGAGUACCAGAACUGUGCCCAAGACUGGAUCUAUGAGUGAACCAUUCCAAAAUUGCAUGGACGCAUCCUAAUUAAAUCAUUCCAACUUGUCUUCGGAAGUUGAUUUUUUUAAACUGAUUUCAUAUCAUGUCUUGGUCCUGAAUGUAAAAGCAAGUAACAACAAUAAACUAACUGUUUAAAAAAAAAA